UGUCUUUGUGGAAAUCUGAAAUGACAAUUGUGGAUAGGAGGAAUGCAGUUGCGGGUAUCCGAAAUGUGAGUUUUGACUAGGCGAAACAGAAUUGCAGAUAUCUGCAACACAUAUCCAGUCUAGCGAAUUGAUGUCAAAUCGGCUUGCCAUACUCAGGGAGAGAUCUCCUGCAAGGGAACAUGGAGCACCAGCGCCAUGCAUCAUUAUCUGCAAACUGUACAAUGAACAAAAACUGAAUGACUGUCUUUCAACCCCACAGCCUUGGGUUUGGAGGAGCCCAGUAAAAGUCACCUAGGUGGAGUGUAGCAUUGACAUAGAUCUUGUGAUUCUGUAUAAAAUGAUACUUGCAGGCGCAUGCAUGGGCACAUCAAGGAUGUUUAUCUCUCUGUGGUUGACCAACAUCCUUCGAUCUGACCAUAUAAGCAACUCAUUCUGGAUCUUGUGUUUCAGUGCCGCCUUUAUUUUAGCAUCAGAAACAAGCUAUGGCGCGUUCAUUGCUAGCUCUUGCUAAAACCUUGUGUUUCAUCCUCCAUGUCCAGUCAUGUACUUGUGGCGAGGCUGAGAUCAUCGGAGGAAAGAAGGUGAAGGCUCAUUCUCUGCCCCACAUGGCUCUCCUGUAUAACAGCAAAGGAGAUCCUGUCUGCGGAGGGACCCUCCUCUCUCCCACAUGGGUGCUGACCGCGGCCCACUGUAUCCAGUCUAUGAUAUGUACGGUGCGUCUUGGGGUGGACACCGUUAAUAACAGCAAGACGGAUGGAUUUGUUCAGGCCCGGAAGGUUGCAAGGCAAUACCAACAUCCUUGCUAUAACGCUGACACUAAAAUCCACGAUCUCUGGCUGCUUAAGCUCAGCCAAGCGGUGGAAGAGACCAUGGCCCUAAAGUAUUUGCCAUUGGCAAAUACAAUCCCAGACCCCAAGGAAGGUACCAUCUGUAUGGUGGCUGGUUGGGGGGUCGUCAACGUUCAUAUUAAAGCCAUGUCAGAUGAUCUGAUGUCCGCCGAUGUCACUGUUAUCAAAAGGGAAACGUGCAACUUAACCAAAUAUAACAAUACCAAGUAUACCAUCACUUCUGACAUGGUAUGUGCCGGAACUGUAGACGAGAAUCAGGACGUUCGGGAUACUUGUCAGGGAGACUCUGGAGGACCUCUGAUGUGCAACGGUGUGCAAGUAGGAAUCACAUCCUUUGGCAUCGGCUGUGCCAAUAGGACCAAACCAGGAGUGUAUGCUUUCCUUACCAAACAACACAUUGACUGGAUAAAUGAGAAAAUGAAGAACGAGAGUUAUUCUGAGGAAUGUGCAACUCAAUGUACUUGUGGCGAGGCUGAGAUCCUCGGAGGGGAGAAGGUGAAGGCUCAUUCUCUGCCCUACAUGGCUCUCCUGUAUGGAAAAAGCGUAGAAAAUCCUGUCUGCGGAGGUACCCUCCUCUCUUCCACAUGGGUGCUGUCCGCGGCCCACUGUAUCCAGUACACCAUCACUUCUGACUUGCUAUGUGCCGGAACUGUAGACGAGAAUCAGGAAGUUCGGGAUACUUGUUGGACAGAAGCUGGAAAUCCUCUGAUAUGCAACGGUGUGCAAGUAGGAAUCACUUCCUUUAGCAUGGGCUGUGCCAAUAGCGCCAAACCAGGAGUGUAUACUUUCCUUUCAAAACAAUACAUUGACUGGAUAAAUAAAAUAAUGCAGAAACAAGAGUUCUAUGAGAGGAGAGGAACAUGCAACUGAAUGAUGUCAAAAUGAUGUUCAAAUAAUUGUUUCGAUAUACGAGAUAAUGAUGAUUAUUGGAUGAAAUCUGUGCAACACUCAUCCCUCUGAGAAGAAUGUAUUUUUAUGUGCUGUUAUAAGUAAAAUCAAUCAGGUAGUAAUAGUUAUGCUUUAGCAAUAUCUAUGUAUGUAAGUCAUAAUAUUUAGGGGUAAUUAUUCAUUUUUACUUGCUGCAAGGUUAACAUAGAUUGAUAAGGAGUUCUAAACUCAUAACAGCCAGGCCUUAGAAGGCCCAUCUGCUCUAGCAAUGUGUGAAAGGCUACUUCAAGACAAAGAGGGUGAGGUGACGUAUGGCGUACAAGGCCGAAUAACAACUUACAAGGCCGAAUAAAAACUUGCAAAGGCUGAAUAACGACUUUUUACAAGGGAGGGUUCCAGUUGCAAAGCAGAUGGAAGGAGACCCCAAAGGAGGAGUAGCCAACAGUAUAGUGUGUUUGUGAUGUGUGGAGCUCAGAGCUGACGGGGAGGCCGUCGGGCAGCUGACUCUCACGGACGGAGGGACUGCCGCGCCCAAAACGUUUUGUCUCUGUUCUGCAGAACAUAUUGAUGUUUGUGUAAGCUUUGCAACGACAUGGAAUAAAUUAUCUUAAAUUCUGU